UGCUCCGAAGUUCACUUCCUUCCGUAUCAACCUUCCUCCUAGACUAGCGUAUUCCGAAAAUGGCUCUCUGUGACCUAGCUUACUCCCAGGUAAGCUGACUCCCUGAACAGCUCACUACCAGCGAUACUAGCGAAGCACGGAGCAGCCAAGGUGUCUCUGAGGCAAAAAAACGGAGCUUUCGUAUCUUCAUGCGUUAUCACAGUUCUCAUUAGACGACAUUGUAUGCAGGCCAGCCAAGCUGACGGCUAACAAGGUUCACGAAUCUAGGUUAUUAGGGCGUGUCCCAAGAGUACGUCCCCCGUUCAUUUUAUACGGUCUCAUCUGGUUCUUUGAGUUUCGAAGCGGUGAAGCGCACCGUAGUCCAUCGCAUAUAGAUUUUGUGGGACGUACUCUUGGGACACGCCCUUAUGCACAGCAGCUACUAGGGAGUGUGUAACAUGGGAAGCCGCGGAGUGAACACUUCCAGUUCUCACUUGCACCAUCGCACCGCUAUCCAGCUACUUCUAGCAGCAGCUUUCCUCGCGGUGCUUAGAUGGUACUCCCAUUUUGAACGACGAGAUCUCACUGCUUCUCCCGCCUAUCACCCUUGGCGAAGUGGCGACCGAGGCGAAAAAUCGCAGAAAAUUUCGGCGGAAUCGUAUCAGUUUGAUAGCGAUAUUAUGUGCUGGUGGUCCGGGGCUCAUGGCGGCUACGGCGGGGAAGACUCUUCCUGGACGGACCAGCGCCAGGGCCCCUUAGAUAGUACCUCCGUGGUCAGCGUUCCUACUAGUAUUACUCGUAGUAAUAGCUUAGGCAAUGGAGACCGAGGCCGCGGGGGUGUGGUUAUUUUCGGGCCAGGAUGUCGCCAGUGCGUCGCAGGGCGACUGUGCACGUUCGAAAUCGCCGUGCGACGGCCUGCGACGUGGACGGUGCCGCCAGGCACGGCGUUCAAGCACGAGCUGGCGGUGCAGCUGGUGGGGCCGUCGCUGGUGCGCGCUGAUGUCAUGGCUGAGAGAGGCGACGUCAGCAGGUGGCGGGUGGCAUACCGCGUAUGGGAUGCUGGAUUAUACAAAGUCGUCGUUCAGUCCGGAUGCGGCUCCUUAAACUAUUCUUCUACCUUCGUUCACGGGCACGAGCUCGCUAUGGCGCAAUGGACCCUCGCCGUUCUUACCAGUGCCAAGCCAGCAGCCGCUGUUCCACCUCCCGGGACACAGCAGGAGCUCCCUUUCUCACCUUCCGAGGCAGCAAGCAGGGUGGCAGUGGUGGCAGUGGCUGGUGGAGACUCGGACUCAGCCUGUGACCAUGGAACGACUCAUGGCCGCUGGCUUUUGGAUGGCAGCACGGGAAAGUACAGGUGGGAGUUCUUCCCUUGCGCCCCUCCCCUUCCUCCGCCAUCCCACUGGGUUUCCGCCCUGGCAUCACGUGGCAUACGGGAGAUUAACUUUGUUGGCGACUCGCACCAGCGCUUCCUCCUGUUGCACCUCGCGUACCUGUUGACCCACAAUGUCAACGACUCCCACGUGGACUACCAUGGGGAUAUCUCCAUCACCGUCCCUGGAUCCGGUGCAGCCCGUAACACCAUGCCACGUGGUGAUGAUGUGGCAUCGAGCGUCCGACGGGCGCUCAGGGAGAAAGAAGCGAUGAGCCGGCAGCAGCAGCAGCAGCAGCAGCAGCAGCAGCAGCAGGAGCAGGAGCAGCAGGGAGCAGGGGAGUCUGGGGAUCUGAGGCUGAACUUCAACUGGGUUGAUGGGAUUUACCAGAAUGGACAGUUUGGAUGCGAGCGAAGGGGGUUCUACUCUGGCAGAAACGAGUCCUUCCCCAACAUCUCCCUCACUGCUGACGUCACCAUCCUCGAUGCUGGCGCGUGGUCCUGUCUGCUCUGUGCGGAGCCCGAGAGAGCCUACAGCGUGCACCUGCCUGCUUUUCUCGAGUGGGUGCAUGGACAGCGGCAGCUGGCAGAGGAACAACACCAGAGACAGGGAUUGCAUUUGGAGCUGGAAAAGGUAGUCCAGGGUGCUGGUGAUUUAACUACCCUUGAGGAGAAACGCAUCCAACUCGGUGGUGGUGAGGGAACAGAGCGUAGUGAUGGGUAUGCGAUUACAGGGAGCAGGAUGGAGGUUCAGCACAAAACAAGGGGGCCGCGGUUCUUGUUCCGGUCAAUUCCUCCGAUUCGGCGAGUCAACGCUGAUUGCUUCACUCCAACACCACCCAAGCCGUUCUCCCUGCAACCGGCUACAAACUCGCUCGUUGAAUAUAUGAAUGGGCUUUUGGAGGGACAGUUACAGCGCUAUGAUAUACAGUUGCUUGAUGGAUGGUCGGUGGAAGCUCCAAGGCACAUGGAUACAUGUGGUCCAACAAAUAUUCAUUAUACUUGUUAUGAGGCUGGUGAGGGAGGGAGAGGGGUUGGAAAGGGGUGGCUGUAUGGUGAAGUUGGUGAGGCUAUGGCAUAUCGAACAAUGCAUCACUUGCUGUACAAUUUGCGUUAAUAAUGUGGGGACUUAUACCUU